AUGUCGACCAAUAUCGCAAAGGCUGGUCGGCUCAAACCUGAAGUCCGCCUGGGCCAGGCCAUUUCAGAGUUCCAGGGAGAUCUCUCGUCGCUACAAAAGGCCACUUUUCGCGCCCACCAGACAAGCGCCACACCGCCGGGAAUCCGUGAUGUGAUGCAACUCACGGCCGAGAUCAACAGAGAAAGCGGCGUUCAGGGACGAUGCUUUGGGCCCCGCCUAACGAGUAUCCUGCAAACCGUGCAGCAGUUUGCCGCCUUGGGAGAUGUCGUGGUUGGUGGGACACAGAACUUGCUUGCUUGCGGUGUCUGGUCCCUAGUCCGAAUGACCUUCUUGUCCAUUGUCAGAUAUCCCGCCUAUUUUGAGCGAGUAUCGUCGAUGCUGAUGGCUGCUGGACGCUCAGCUCCUCGAUACCAACUUAUGGGUGUGAUCUAUCCUAAAUCAAAGCCACUGCAGUCAUACAUGCUGGAGUACUUCAUCGUAUUAGUACGGCUGUGCCACCAUAUUCUACAGGUCGCCCAAAAGUCGGCCAUCGGAAAAUGGGCAUCGGCCCUAAUAGAUCCCCUUGAUACUUAUCAGUCGGAAUUAGACCUUUGGGCCAGUUCCAUCAAAGAGGAAGUCGAUUUGCUUACUGCCCAGCAUUUAUCGCUAGCAGCGAGCCAAAAUUCACUUUUUAGGAGCCAGGUGUCCUUGCAUGUUGACUCUCGAACGCAUGCAAAAAGGCUCAAGGCCAGGAAACGUAUCCUCGACGCCUGCUCAGUGUAUGAUCAUGAGCGGGACUGGAGGCAGAUUCGCAAGCUCGGAAACAGCAAUCUAAUGAACAGCUCGCCCGCAUACACGAUGUGGAAAGAGCAAUCACAAUUGACCACGGCCAAGUCGAGAACUUUAGUCUGCACUGGAAAGCUCGGAUCCGGGAAGUCUGUGCUUCUGGCCAACAUAGUCGAUGACCUUAAUAUUAAUGCCAACCAGAAGAAUACGGUGGCAUACUUCUUUUGUCAGCAUGAUGAAGCAGAGAGUCUGACUGCCCAUACAAUCAUAGGCUCUUUGGCUCGACAGCUGCUACAGUCAGGAAUCAACCUUGACCGUGCAAACGAGCUCCUAGAUGGACGAGAGUCUUUGAGCCUUGACCGUAUUGUGGACUUGCUCCAAAAUGCCCUCCCCCCUGAUUUCCAGGCAUACUUUGUCCUCGACGGCCUAAUGCAUUGUGAUAUUACUGAACAACGGCUCAUUCUUGACAAGCUUCGGUUCCUGCAAGCAUCGAAAACAUUAACAGUUUGUAUUUCUCACCGGACAGAGCCCUCCUCCACUUUACAGGCGCUGGAGUUGAUGAACAUAACUGUCUUCCCAAUCGGCGAACAAAACCCGGAAAUUGAUCGCUUUAUAAAAUCGGAAUUAGAGCGAUGUAUCAGCUCAGGGGAACUAAUCGUCAAUGACCCUGUUUUGGUGGAUGAAAUAGGAGGAAAACUGGCCAAAGGCGCCCAGGGAAUGUUUCUCUGGGUCGCCCUCCAGAUAAAGGCACUGUGUCUCCAACAGACAGAUGCAGAUAUUCGGAGUGCGAUAGCAGAUCUUCCAAGCGACCUAUCGGAUAUAUACCAACUAAUCCUUCGGAGAUCGGAGCCACUGAAAUAUCAAACGAGCAUUCUUGGACUGGUGAUGACAGCCCGGCGCCCACUUACUACAGAGGAACUGAGGGAAGCCCUCAGUGUAAUCCCGGGCCAAACUGUGUGGGAUCCUCGGAGGCUCUUGAAUGAUGUCAAGAAAGCGUUAGCCUGCUGUGGGGGUCUUAUUACCGUCAAUGAAGAAGACUUUAGCAUUCGCAUGAUUCACCACAGCGUGAGAACCUUCCUCUGCGCAGGCCAGGACGCCGACCAAUUCGAUCUCAGCCGCGCCAACCGAGAAAUGGCAGAGAUAAUUGUGACAUAUUUGAAUUAUGGGAUCUUCUCAAAACAGAUUUCAAAAGUUAAAGCACCUCGGAUCAGCGCCAAUUCGGUAACUUCUUCGGUAAUAAGCUCCGCUCUUCCUCAGAAGGUCGCUUUGGGCCUUCUGAGACGGAGAAAUAUCGCGGACGUUGAUAUUGGUCAUUCCUUGUUGGAAGCUAUGGGUCAGCCAAAGCAUGCAGUCUCAAUGCCUUUGGAAUUCUAUCAAUACGCAUCAGCUUGGUGGCAGGAACAUAUUUGCUUUUUAGACCUUCAAAUACCAAACAUGGAGGCCCUGUUGGCGAAAUUGUUACAAAUAGAGGACGUUAACAAGCCUGAUUUGUGUGGCCGAACACCGUUAUCCCACGCGUCCGAGUACGGGUCCCGUGAUAUCGUGAAAUUUCUAUUGCGCCAUGGUGCUAGCGACGAGACAGAUAAUCUCGGAAGAACAGUACUCCACUGGGCAGUUAAAGGGAAGAACAAAUCGGUGGCAGAGGCCCUACUUUACUCAAACAGAGUGAAUCCAAAUGCUGAAGACGAUUGGAGACAAACGCCGAUGGUGGUCGCAAUUCAAUCUAAAGAUAAACCUGUGUUCAGAUGCCUUCUUCGAUGUCCCCGAGUGGUACGGGAUUACAGGGAUCGAAACGGAAGGUCUCUUCUCAUUAUCGCAGCAGCUGAAGGGUUCGGGGAUGGAGUGAGGGCUCUACUAGAUUCCGAGGGAGCAGCCUUGAAAGACGUUGACCACGGUGGUAAUACCCCACUACACGCUGCUGCAGAGAAUGGACACGUGGAAGUACUAGACGACCUUUUAGACUUUAUCGGGACAUCAAUACAGGCAGAAACUCCUAUAAAUCACAGCGGACAUACACCCCUAUGGCUGGCAGCCGCAAAUGGGCAUGCAAACGCUGUUCGCAUCCUCAUGCACUAUGGACUCAUAUAUCAUGGUUUUCAUACCAUUGUAAACGAAAAUCCAUUUUGGAUCGCUGCUGCAAAUGGCCACCUGGGAGUUAUACAGACUUUUCUUCAAUUUGGGGUUGUCGACGAGCAUCCCAAAUCUCCAGCCAGCUCGGCGGUCGAAAUAGCCGCCGAAAACGGCCAUGCGUGUGUCGUUAACCUACUGUCACUUGAAACAAAUGUGACUGUCGGGCAAUUACAUCGAAGCCUGCUCCGAGCUGCAGCAGAAGGUCAUGAAUCUGUGGUUCGCACCCUAGCUGGAAACCAUAGGAUUGAUAUAACCGGCGGAUAUGGUGAGGGCUUGACACCCCUGUGGAUAGCUGCAUCGAAAGGGCAUGAAGGUGUUGUUCGGGCUUUAGUUGAAACCCCUGGCAUUGAUCUGAGCGACAGGGUCAACGAGAGUUUAACACCUUUAUGGAUAGCUGCUGCCAAUGGCCAUCAAGGUGUUGUCCGUACCCUGGCUACAGCAAAAGGAAUCAACCUAAACCAUAGAAACGCAUUGGAUAUGACGCCUCUGAGAAAAUGUGUAUCAGAAGGCCAUGAGGAUGUUGUAAAGGCGUUGGUAGGCAUACCGGGUGUCGACAUAAACAGUCAAGAUACAAACGGCCUGACACCUCUAUGGGUAGCGGCUUCCAUGAACGCAAGAGGUAUUGUUUGCACUCUAUCCUCCCAACAGAACAUUGAUAUAAAUCUCCCGGAUCGCGAAGGGCGAACUCCCUUAUGGAUCGCAGCAUCCAAAGGUUAUGAAGAUGUUGUCAGCACCCUGGCCUUUCGCAGGGAUAUCGACCUCAAUUACCACAACAAAUCAGUCGUCACGCCGCUUGCAAUUGCUGCAGAAAACGGACACGCACAUAUAGUGUCCUUUCUAGCACGCACCCCGGGGGUGGAUAUAGACCGUGCUGAUAUUUCCGGCAUGACUCCAUUGAUCAAAGCGGCAGAGAAUGGACAUGGGGAAGUUGCAAAGCUUCUUUUGUCC